AUGAGCACAGGGCUCCAGGAACCGGGAGGCGAAGGCCCAAGUCUGAGGACCGUGUCCUCAGGCCACAGAGCAGAGGAGGCCCAGGCAGUGCCAGGAGUCAAGGGGAGUUUGGCAGGGGACAGGCCGCCCAGGAGGAGCGCCCCUGUGAGGCCCGAGGGCACCCCUGAAGACGAGACCUGUCCGUGGUCCCUACCUGUCGCCCCUGCCCACACUCCCGUCGGCGGCGGCCCGACCCCAGUCAUCAUGUGCCUGGUCAGGAUGUGUGAGCUCUGCCAACGUGAGAUAGACCUUCAUGCCCCAGUCCCGGCCCAGGGCCUGGUGGAGGCACAGCUGUUGGGGGCUGAGGAGGAUGAGGCCGUAUCCCUCUCGUCCUUCUCUUCUUACUCUGACCUGUUCCUGGGCAGCAUGGAGGAGGUGGCUGAUGCUGGAGAACCCAGUCCCCCCCUGAGCCCCUCCCACACUGCCAUGGCCAUGUCUCCAUGGAGCCAAUCUGAAGACGACGGCCUCAGCCCCCAAGAUGAGGAAGGGCCGAGCACCUGGCAUGACCAGGAAGAUGUACUCCAACAUGCACUACAUCAGAAGGUGGAUGAACUGGUGGGGUUACUGCUGUUAAAGUAUCACACCAAGGAGCCAACCACAAAGGCAGAAAUGCUGAGCAUCCUCAACGAUUACCAGGACCACUUCCCCGUGGUCUUCAGCCAAGCUUGCAAGUGCAUGCAGCUGGUGUUUGGCGUGGAAGUGAAGGAGGUGGAGCUCUGCGAGCGCACCUACGUCCUGGGCCCCAUCCUGGGCCUCACCUGUGAUACAGUGCUGAGCAAUGGGCCGAGCAUGCCCAAGGCCGGCCUCCUAGUGCUGGUCCUGGGCCUGAUCCUCCUAGAGGGCGACUGCGCCCCUGAGGAGGCUAUCUGGGGAGUGCUUGCCAACAAGGAUCUGAGUGCUGGCAGGCGGUACUAUAUCCAUGGUGAGGUCAGGGAGCUCCUCACCAAAGUGUGGGUGCAGGAGGGCUACGUGGUGUACCGGCAGGUGCCCCACAGCGACCCUGCCCGCUACGAGUUCCUCUGGGGUCCCCGGGCCCACGCGGAAGCCAGCAAGUGUCAGGUCCUGGAGCAUCUGCUCUGGGUCAAUGCAUGGGAUCCCAGGUUCUUCCCAUCCCUGUCUGCAGAGGGUGUGUGCGAUGAGGAACAGGGAGCCUGA